CGCCCUCGCUGCCUCCGUGAACAUCUCUCCGUCCGAGGGAUGAAGACCAUCUGAUCCACCUGCUGAACUUCUCUGGACCAGCAGAGACCAGAGACCAUCAUGGGCUCCAGACUGAAACCAAACCCCGAGCGAACCUUCUACUGGUUCUUUGAAGCAACGUGUCCCGUGGCCAGAGACAAAGAUCCUGGUGUACUGUUUCAGUUUCCAGAUGACUUCAGUGAUGAGGAGUCUUGUCAAACAUUACCCAGGUUCUGCUUCCCGUAUGACAUACAAAGAGUGAGGGAGGGAGUCGCCGUGCAGCACUUUACUUUUGUUCUGACUGACCUGGAGGGAUGCCAGCGGUUUGGCUUUUGCCGUCUCACCAACAACACACAAACCUGCCUUUGCAUACUCAGUUAUCUUCCAUGGUUUGAAGUGUUCUACAAACUUCUCAACAACUUGGCUGACUACCUCACAAAAGGACAGACCAAGGAGAUGAAAUCGUUGCUGGCUGCACUCUACAAGCAGCCCUUACCUCUGGCAGCUGGAUCCGUCACUCUGCAGAUGGGAGAGCAGCUAUUGGUCAGCACAGAGGUGUCCCAUCCUGUUGGACACCCAGAGGGACAAGAGGGGGUUCCUUACUUCAUCGCUCCAGACCCCAGAAGUCUCCCCUCCAUCCCUGAAAACAGGAACCUGACGGAGCUGAUCGUGGCGGUGGAUGUGGGGAACCUGCUCCAGCUCUACGCCAGCAUGCUGUUUGAGAGGCGCAUCCUCAUCUUUGCCAGCAAACUCAGCACUCUGACGUCUUGUGUGCAUGCACUCAGUGCCGUGCUGUACCCCAUGUACUGGCAACACAUCUUCAUCCCAGUGCUCCCACCCCACCUACUGGACUACUGCUGUGCACCUAUGCCUUACCUAAUAGGGGUCCACUCCAGUCUCUCUGAGAAGGUGAGGAGUCGUGGCUUGGAGGAAGUUGUAAUUCUGAAUGUGGACACAAACACUCUGGAAACCCCCUUUGAUGACCUUAAAAGGAUUCCUUCAGAUGUGAUAUCGGGGCUGAAGGUGUGUCUGAAGCGCCAGGCGGUGUCUCCUGGCUGUGGCGUCUCCAGAGCCUUCCUGAAAGCUCAGGCGCUGCUGUUUGGGGGCUACAGGGACGCGCUGCAGGGUCACAAGGAGGGUGACAUGUGGUUCAGUGAGGAACUGUUUCUAGAUCACAAGUCUGCCAGCAUGAGACAGUUCCUGCAGAGUGCCGUUCAUUUACAGUCCUUCAAACAGUUCAUUGAUGGCCGCCUGGAUCUUCUGAAUAAAGAGAAAGAACCAGAUGAUCUCUUUGAGGAGGAGAUCUUAAAGUGUGAAGCAGCUGCAGGGAGAAGUAAAUCAUAUCAACAUUUAGUUGGUAAUUUAAAGAAAGGGGGAGGUGCACUCAUCCUCAACAUGAAGUCUAAAGCAAACAUGAGGGCCAAAGGUCUCGCCAAGUCUGGUUUGAAAAACCUGCUGAUGCACAAGACCCAUAAUGAAGAGCACAGCCUCCAGAGAGGAGGAUCUGUGACGCACCGUCGUGCCCAGUCAGACUCUCUGCAGAACCGCCUGCCAAUCACUCAACACUUUGGGAAGUCACGUCCCCGUCGGCCUGUCCACAAACUCAGGGCUCCCCGAGACGAGGACAUGCAGGACACUGGAGACACGUGGGAUGGAGCUGUGUCUGGGCCUGUGGACGAACCCGACUCUGAGCUCCAGACGGAUGAAGGAGAAGGGGAAGACUCCCUGCUGUGUGACCCGGAGGAGAUGGAUCUGCUGGGGGAGAUCUUUGACACGCUCAGCUCCCGGAGCUGCCACGACCGCGGCGUGCUGUACGGCACACGGAGCCUGGACCUGUUUGGACCGGACAGCCACGACUAUAUCACCAAGCGUUGUUUCCCAGGCAACCCCAGCCAGGAGAGCCUUUCUCUGUCCAUCAGCGGCAGUGGCAGCCUGCACAGCUGGAAUCUGGAGACCACAGAGGAGCUGUCAGACCUGACGGAGGACUCUGAUUGGCUGUCUCUGGACACCAGCGUACCGGAGGAGGAGGUGCCUGCAGCCUGUGAAAAGGGGGAGCAAGAAAACAGACAGAGGGAGGUUAAGGAGAAACAGGAAGAAGUGAAGGUAGCAAUAAACGGGAACCAAGAAGAAGAAAUAGACGACAGAAAUAACUUUAAGGAAGAGAAGUUAGAGGAAGAGACAACGAAAGAGAAUCAAGAAACGGGGAGUUUAGGUGAGGACCCUGAGACAGAAAAGGCUGAGGAGCAAGAGGAUGAAGGGUUGAAAGGAAAAAUGGAAGAGGAAGAGCAAAAUCAGAGUGAGGAGGUGGCAGAGGGACAAGAAAAAAGAUCAAAUGAUCUACAGAAAGAGGAAGCAAGAGAAGAAGAGGGGAAGGAGAAGCAGCAGGAGGAGGGAGAAUCAAACAAACUGAAUCAACCCGACGCUGAGGAGGAGCAAAAACAGGAGGACAACCUGGAACCAACAGCUCCUCCUGUUGAAACUAAACCUCCAGCAGAUCAGAAGAGAAGCAGUGAAGAAGUAAAGAAAGAGCAGCAGGGGAUGAGACAGACCUGUCCUCCUAAAGUUCUGUCUGCUGUAGCACGCUUCCAGUCACAAAGCCCCGGCUUCCAGGUGAAGUCCAGGACGGCGGCGCUGAACGAAGCGGGGAGAACCUGCAACACGAAGAACGCACAAACCCAGCCGCCAUGCGACUCGAAUAUAUCGGAAGAGAAAACACGCUCAGAGGUGCACGAGAAGGAAGAGCCGCCUCUCAUCAAGGUGUCUGAACUUAAAAAGAGAUUCGAAGCUUAAUGCUGUGUUCACAAAAAGAAUGCGAAGGAAAUUUUCAGUAAAAAUUUGCUUCGCGUUUGGUUCGGACUUGAGACAUUCUAGUUUUCCUCACUUUCAACAAAUCCCAUUAAAACAUCACAAUGGGCAAUAUAAAAGUCUGCCUCUCAGUACUUUAAUCUCUCCUGUUGGAAACUUAGCCAAACUCAUCAUUGGAAGUCUUAAAAAAGGAGGCCACAAAUGUGGUUUCAUUUAAAACGGAUCAGUAAUUUCUUAAAAAGCACUGCAGCUUUAAGCAAAUGUUAGCCAAACUAGAGUAAAUAGUGUGGGGACAGUUAGUCACACAUUGGGUGCGCUGGAUGUUAGUAUUUACAGCAGCUAGACGGUGUGUGUGAAACUGAGUCAGUGUUGACUCACUGAUGUGUUCAAUAUCUUAUAUUUGUUGUCUUUAAUGGGAUUUGUUGACAAUAUUUUUUGUCUGGUUAUUGUUCACUUGAUGAAAUGUUGUGUAUCAGCUACUGUAUGAUGAGCAAUUUGUCAUUGAUACAUUAAUAUUUUUUUACACAUAUGCACUCCUUCAGCUAAAACUGACAAAUGAGGAUAAUAAUUGCAUUUUUGGGAGGUCUUCGCACAGAUUGAGUAACUUUAAGCCUAAUAAAUAAUC